AAACAAUACGGAAGUAAAACGGUAGGGAGAGUUUGUUUGGGUUUGUUUGUCCUCGUCCGCGAAAACAUACAUGCUGAAUACCCAACUUUCAGUCGACUAAAACAUGUCUAAACUCCAGUCGUUUCGUGUGUUUUUAAAUGAGCGUUUAACGGCGGCAGCUGUGGAGAUUUUCGGGGCAGUUGAAGAAACGGUAGCGGAGUACCACGAGGAGAAUGAUCGGUUACGGAGACUGCUGCGGAUCACACCGGAGAUAAAACUAUGUAGGAUAGACUCCCUGCAGCUCUCUGUCUCUGAGGAGGAGGUUCUCCCUGAGCAGCAGCACUGUGAGCAGGAGUGGAGCCCCAGUCUGGGGCAGGAGAACCCAGAGCUUCCACAGAUUAAAGAGGAACAGGAGGAACUCAGGACCAGUCAGGAGGAAGACCAGCUUCAAGGGCUGGAGGCUGAUUUCAAAAUCACUCCUUCCUGUGUGAAAAGUGAAUGUGACCAGGAGGACCCAUUUCAGUCCUUCACUUCUCCCCAAACCCAGACUGUGGAGAACAGAGAGAGUGAUCCUAAACAAGUGGUUCUCACACCUUUUGUUACUGUGACCCACCUUAAGGGUCUCAACAUUCCCUGUGACCCUCCAGAUAAUCAAAACAAUGCCUCCAGCCACAGCUCCACCUUAAGCAGCGACCCAGCGGCACUUGACAGCAGCCCAUCGUUGGAUCCCAGCCCAUCGAUGGCGGAACAUUCUUCCAGCACGUCUAGAAAAACUCACCACUGCUGUGAAUGUGGUGAAAACUUUGCUCUGAAAGCUGACCUGCAGAGGCAUAUGACUCUCUACAAGAAGAGACUCCGUGAAUGCAGUUUCUGCAGAAAACGCUGCACCUCCACCUGUAAACUAAAGGCCCAUAUCCGCCUCUGUCACAGUGGGAGACCCUGCACCUGCCCUGUUUGUGCCAAGACCUUCAAACUCAAAGGAUAUCUGUCCAAGCACAUGAGGAUUCACACAGGAGUGGGAGAGAAACCAUUUAGCUGUGGAGACUGUGGGAAAAGCUUUAAUUUGAAGGGGAACCUAAAGAACCAUAUGUUGACUCACACAGGAAAUAAAUCAUUUAGCUGUGGAGACUGUGGGAAAAGCUUCAUUCAUAAGUGGAACCUAAGGAGCCAUAUGCUGACUCACACAGGAGAGAAACCAUUUAGCUGUGGAGACUGUGGGAAAAGCUUCAAUCAGGAGGGGAACCUACGGAUCCAUAAACGGACUCACACAGGAGGGAAACCAUUUAGCUGUGAUAACUGUGGGAAAAGCUUUAAUCAGAAGGGGUCCCUAAAGAAGCAUAAACUGACUCACACAGGAGAGAAACCAUUUAGCUGUGGUGACUGUGGGAAAAGCUUCAAUCAGAAGGGGAACCUAAGAAACCAUAAACUCACUCACACAGGAGAGAAACCAUUUAGCUGUAAUGAUUGCGGGAAAAGCUUCACUCAAAAGUCUAACUUACUGACGCAUGUGAAAAAAAUACACAAAGGAGGAAAACAGGAUUAAAACUGAAAGAAAGAACAUUAUGACAAAGAUCUAUUUAGUCACAAGAUGAACUUAAAAAGUCAGGAUGUGGACGAUUCUGAGUUACACGCUCAGACAAACAUAGCUGGAAUAAGUAAAUGAAGUCUGAGAGAAUGGUCAGAUUAACUGAUGACUAAAAUAUUAGUGCAGAUGGCAUUGUUUUGUUACGUGCAUAGAUGUAUUAUAGGUAAUGAAUGAGCAGGGAACUUCUGAAAUUCUACAGAUUUUGUGGCACAGCAGGAAUACACACAAACCAAAAAGUAAAAUAAUGGAAUUAAGGAAUAUAUAAAUAUUAGGACGAGCCAUGUCAGAGUGGCAUUGACUAAAAUACAGUAGAACAGAAUAUAUUAUAUACAUAUGAGAUGAGUAAAGCAGUAUGUAAAUAUUAUUAAAGUGACUAGUGUUCCAUUAUGCAAGUGGCCAGUGAAUUCAUGUCUAUGUAUAUAGGGCAGCAGCCUCUAAGGUUCAGGGUUAGGUAACUGGGUGGAAACCGCCUAGGGGAACAUUCUCAAAUAUGUGGGUGUAAAACACUGUUAAAAGCACGGUUUGUGUAGGGGUGGCUGUCCCUAGCAUUGCCAAAAGACAAAGAGCUGUGACUGGAUCAGUGGUUCACCAAUCAGGGCCUUGAUGGGCUUGGCAACAGUAACAAAGGGUGAUGUGUAAUGAAACUAGGGUGCGUGUGCCCUGGGUAAACCAUUUUUUUUGGGGGGGGGGGGGAUUGGGCAUUUCUUUAUGAGCAUCGGGUAACGUCCUCGGAACAAACCGGGAACUAGACAAAAACCUCCAGGAGAGAGCAUGGCACAACGUCCCAUGAACCUUUAGGGACCAUGACACAACAUCCCAAUAAUUCCUUAAAAACGUCCUCGAGACCAGCCAGGAAUUAGACAGAUCCUCUAGGGAACCAUGACACAACGUCCUGACGACUUUAGGCGACCAUUUUGUGACAUCCUGGGAGGUCCCAACGACUCAUUGUUUACAUGGAAGUUAUGUUAUUCAUUAAAUAAGUAACAUUUACUUUUUUUUUUAUUAACCCAUGUU